AUGUCCAGACUAAAUGUAAGCCUUCUUCCGGUUGCUGCCCACCAUCCUGCAAUUUUUAGCGCUAAUAUAUGCUUGUUAGAUCUUGCUCUUCAAGUUCUCGACGAUGUGAUUAUGACACGAUGGAAGGUCCUUCCUCGCGAACAGUGUCAAGGUAUCCGAAAUUUCAUCGUCAAUUGUAUCAUCGAACACUCCAAAACGGAGGAGAAGCUGAAGAGCGAGCGGGCCUUUCUCAACAAACUUAACCUCGUCCUGGUAUCUAUCUUGAAGCAAGAAUGGCCUCACAACUGGCCAACCUUUAUCAACGAAAUCAUAUCAUCAUGCCACACGAGCUUAUCGAUAUGUGAAAACAACAUGGCCAUCCUCCGCCUGCUCUCUGAAGAAGUUUUCGAUUACUCCCAGGAUCAGAUGACAUCAACUAAGGCCAGGAACCUGAAGACAACAAUGUGCCAGGAAUUCUCCGCUAUUUUCCAGUUGUGUUCAGAAGUCCUGGAUACCGCGAACCAGAGCAGCUUAAUAAAAGCUACCCUGGAAACUCUGCUACGAUUUCUCAACUGGAUCCCACUGGGAUAUGUCUUUGAAACACCCAUCAUCAACACUCUCCUGACACGGUUCUUAGACGUCCCUGAAUUCCGCAACGUGACUCUCAAGUGCCUCACUGAGAUCGGAAGUCUUCAAAUUGGUCCGCAAUAUUCAUACGACGAGAAACUUGUCCAGAUAUUUACAGAUCUCUUAACAACCGUGUCCAAGAUCAUCCCUCUAUCGCUGGACUUGAGGGAAACUUAUGCGAAUAGCAACUCCCGGGACCAAGAGUUUGUCCUCAACCUUGCUCUUUUCCUUUGCAACUUUUUCAGCGUCAGGCUACAUCUUAUCGAGAAACUUCCCAAUAGAGACUACCUCACACAUGCCCAUUUCUAUCUCAUCCGAAUUAGCCAGAUUGAUGACAGAGAAAUUUUUAAAAUCUGCCUGGAAUAUUGGACCCGGUUGGUCCAGGAGUUGUACGAAGAGAUGCAACAACUUCCAAUCACUGAUAUAAACCCACUGGUCAGUAUGGGGGUGAGCGGACUAUCGAACGGAGGUGCCCCUCACCCAAGCACGCUUGCCAACUAUCCUCUUCGAAAACAUAAAUACCAAGAAGUCCUCACCAGCCUGAGAACCGUUAUGAUUGAGAAGAUGGUAAGACCAGAGGAAGUGCUGAUUGUCGAGAACGAUGAAGGUGAAAUUGUGCGGGAGUUCGUUAAAGAGAGUGAUACUAUUCAGCUAUACAAAACCACCAGAGAGUGCCUUGUCUACCUUACUCACCUGGAUGUAGUAGACACAGAAAACAUCAUGGCCGACAAGUUGGCUAAACAAGUUGAUGGAACUGAGUGGUCCUGGGCCAAUUGCAACACUCUCUGCUGGGCCAUUGGGUCAAUCUCUGGAGCCAUGAAUGAGGAGACUGAGAAGAGGUUUCUCGUUACUGUCAUCAAAGAUCUUCUUGGCCUGACAGAAAUGAAACGCGGAAAAGACAACAAAGCGGUCGUGGCGAGUAACAUCAUGUAUAUUGUUGGGCAAUACCCGAGAUUUUUGAAGGCACAUUGGAAAUUUUUGAAAACGGUUGUCAACAAGCUUUUUGAAUUCAUGCACGAGACUCACGAAGACGAGAUCGUGGGAUCAAUGAGAAAAAUCACCUGUGACCUGUCUCCCCAGCAAGUCCACACCUUUUAUGAAGCUUGUGGCUAUAUGAUUUCGGCUCAAGGCCAGAAAGGCGUUCAGGAUCGUCUAAUUGAAAAUCUCAUGGCUCUUCCAAAUGCUGCAUGGGAUUCAAUCAUCAGCCAGGCUACCCAGGAUCCAUCCACGCUUCAGAAUGCAGAAACCAUAAAAAUUGUUGGCAAUAUAAUGAAGACCAACGUAGCGGCUUGUACCUCAAUUGGCAGCUACUUCUAUUCGCAGAUCGGACGCAUUUAUCUGGAUAUGCUCAACAUGUACCGAGCAUCGAGUCAGCUCAUUUCGGAUGCCAUUGCUGCAGACACAACGGGAUAUGCUACUAAAACGCCGAAAGUGCGAGGGUUGAGAACAAUCAAAAAGGAGAUACUGAAGCUUAUUGAUACUUAUGUCGAGAAGGCUGAUGAUCUCGAGAUGGUCAACUCUAGCAUGGUCCCCCCGCUUCUGGAGGCUGUUCUUCUUGACUACAACCGGAACGUGCCCGACGCCAGAGAAGCAGAAGUGCUGAAUGUGAUGACAACAAUCAUUCAUAAAUUACACAACCUCAUGGAUGACAAAGUUCCGAUUAUUAUGGAAAAUGUCUUCGAAUGUACGCUUGGAAUGAUCAACAAAGACUUCCAUGAAUAUCCCGAGCAUCGUGUAGGGUUUUUCAAGUUGCUACAGGCAAUCAACCUAUACUGCUUCUCUGCUCUUUUGAAACUAGAUACCAGCCAGUUUAAAUUUGUCAUUGAUUCGUGCAUGUGGGCUAGCAAGCACGACAACAGAGAAGUCGAGAACACCGGACUCACCAUGUGCCUUGAGUUGAUGAACAACAUGGCGGACUCUGACCCCCAGACGUCAAGUAUCUUCUUCAGACAAUUUUAUCUUCCGAUAUUACAAGAUGUCUUCUUUGUACUCACCGAUACCGAUCACAAGGCUGGGUUCAAAUCCCAGGCAAUGCUUCUUGCUCGCAUGUUCUAUUUCGUGCAAUCAGACAAGAUUCGGGAUCCAAUCUAUGCCCCUGACCAGGCUCCUGCUGGGACAUCCAAUAGAGACUUCCUCCAGGAGUAUGUCGUGAAUUUACUCCAGAGUGCCUUCAAGAACCUACAAGAGGCUCAAACAAGACAGUUUGUUACUGGUCUAUUUGUUAUCAAUGAUGACUUCAACAAAUUCAAAACUCACCUAAGAGACUUCCUUAUCUCAUUGAAGGAGUUCGCUGGCGACAACACGGAACUGUAUGCUGAAGAAAGGGAACAGGAGUUGAAGGAAGCCAAAGCUGCUGAGCGAGACCGAGCGAUAAAGAUAGGUGGACUCUUGAAACCCUCGGAUAUGGAUCAAGAGGAUGAGCUGUGA